CGCCCCCCGCCGCUCCCCCCCGCAGCAAGAUGGUGCAGAAGAAAUCAGAGAUCCCGGGUUUCCACCGCUCCUUCAAGGGACAAAACCCCUUCGACCUGGAGUUUGACCAGUCCAACCACCUUGAGUCCGUCUUCAACUUCGAGUGCCCACCCCGUCCCGACAUGCCUUCAAGUCAACCCAUCGAUAUUCCCGACGCCAAGAAAAGGAACAAGAAGAAGAAGCGCUGCAGAGCCACCGACAGCUUCUCUGGCAGGUUCGAAGAUGUUUACCAGCUGCAGGAGGAGGUGCUGGGAGAAGGGGCCCAUGCCAGAGUCCAGUCCUGCGUUAACCUCAUCACCAACAAGGAGUACGCGGUGAAGAUCAUCGAGAAGCGCCUGGGACACAUCCGCAGCAGGGUCUUCCGGGAGGUGGAGAUGCUGUAUCAGUGCCAGGGACACAGGAACGUCCUGGAGCUGAUUGAGUUCUUUGAGGAGGAGGAGAGGUUUUACCUGGUGUUCGAGAAGAUGAGGGGAGGCUCUAUCCUGACCCACAUCCACCGGAGACGCCACUUCAAUGAGCUGGAGGCCAGCGUGGUGGUGCAGGAUAUUGCCAGCGCCCUGCACUUUUUGCACAACAAAGGAAUAGCGCACAGGGAUCUAAAACCAGAAAAUAUUCUGUGUGAGAGCCCGGACCAGGUCUCCCCAGUGAAGAUCUGCGACUUUGACCUGGGAAGCGGCAUCAAACUCAACGGCGAUUGCUCCCCCAUUUCCACCCCGGAGCUGCUCACCCCGUGCGGCUCCGCCGAGUACAUGGCCCCGGAGGUGGUGGAAGCCUUCAACGAGGAGGCAUCCAUCUACGACAAGCGCUGCGACCUGUGGAGCCUGGGCGUCAUCCUGUACAUCAUGCUGAGCGGGUACCCCCCCUUCGUGGGCCACUGCGGCUCUGACUGCGGCUGGGACCGGGGCGAGGCGUGCCAUACCUGCCAGAACAUGCUUUUUGAGAGCAUCCAGGAGGGGAAGUAUGAGUUUCCUGACAAGGACUGGGCACACAUCUCCUUUGGAGCCAAAGACCUCAUUUCCAAGCUGCUGGUGAGAGAUGCCAAGAAGCGGCUCAGCGCAGCCCAGGUCCUGGAGCACCCCUGGGUGCAGGGGUGCGCCCCGGAUAACACCCUGCCGACCCCCAUCAUCCUGCAGAGGAACAGCAGUGCCAAAGAGCUCACCUCCUUCGCCGCCGAGGCCAUCGCCGUCAACCGCCAGCUGACGCAGCGCGACGAGGACGAGGAGGAGGAGGCGGAGGAGGAAGCACGACCCAUCAUCAUCAAAGCUACCUCACGGGCCAUGCAGCUCUCUCCCCCCUCCGAGUCCAAGCUGGCCAAGCGGCGGCAGAAGAGCAGCCUUGCCAAGGCGGUGGCCGCCGGGCAGCACCUGGUGGCCCCGCUGGUCCUGGUGGCCGACCAAGCCUGAGCCGUGCCCCUCAGACCUGCUGUACCCAUGUCUCCCCUCCUCCUUUCUUUCUUUCUUUCUUCCCCCCCACCCCUAAAAACCCCACCGUUUCUGGCUAGUGACAAGAUCAGGACUCGUCCCUGUGGCUGGUUUCCAAGGUUUUGCUGAUCUUGUAGGUCUGGGGGUGGGAGGGUUUGUUUAAGAUCUUUUUUUUUAAGGUAUUAAAUCAAGCGUGAGGUUGCUUCACCCAGGGCACACUCAAGGACAUCUGACAGACACACGGACUUUUGUUUCCUGACUCUUGGUUUCUCUUCUGACAUUUUUCCCCCUCCCCGACACCAAAGGACUCUUUGUAUCCGCGGCUGCUUUGACGAUUUCAGCUCAUUUCAUACUGUGAACAAAAGACCCUUGGUCGCGUUUUCAACAACAGGAGUCGCGUUUUAACCUUGUCCCUCCCCUCGGAGCUGCAGGUCUUUCUCCGAUGUUGGGGUAGAUCCCACAAAAACCCCUCCCGGGGGGUCCGGGAGGCACCUCCAGGGCGCGGGGAGCCCCUCCGUCCCGUGCUUGGGGGCGUCCCCAGCCGUGCUUUGGGGGGACGCGGUGGGCGUUGCACAGGGAACCGCUUGGGUCAGGGAGAGAUGGUGCCAGCGAGGGAGCAGUGCCCCAUCCCACUGAGCUGCCCUCUCUCCUUGGCAGCCUGCUUCCAGAAUAAGCUAUUUGCCCCCUUUUUUUCUUUUUUUUUUUUAAUUAUUGGUUUUAAACUGCUAGCUGUGCUUCUCUACAGGGCACGGAGAAAUGUCUUCCUUUCUUCCCGCGCUCCAGCCGGCAGCUCCCCGGGGGUAAGGUCAGAGCUCGGGGGACGCACAGGCAUCCGGGGCUGUGCUCUUGCGUCGGGUUGGGUGUUGCACCCCUGUUUUCGUAGGGGGGGCUCGCCGGUGGCUCUGCCCUCAUGGAGGUGCAAGGAGGGGGAUGAGCUCUCGGUGGCUGGAGCAGGCAAACCAUCCCCCUCUGGAAAUAGCGGGGUGCUCUGUGGAAAGCAAAGGACCCCCCUUAUAGAGCAUUGGGACCUGCUGCAGGGCGGUGUGACCUGGUGUGGCUUCGGGCUGGCCCCGAGGCUGCUGUGGCGGGAGGGUCUAGGGGUGCGGAGGGUGCCGAGUGCCCAGGGGAUGCCGGUGGGUGAGUGGCCGGCUGGCGG